GCUGUUCUUCCAUGAAAUGGGGGCACUGGUGCAGUUAGCAUCCAAAACAACAGGUGGCGGCAAUGCUAAUUUACUACGAAUAUUACUAGCCGAUAGUUUAUAGAAGAAGAAUUUGUUCCUGGAGUGUGUGUGGGAGGCUGGAACAUGGAAGAUGAGGAGGUUACGGAGAAUUGGGAGGAAGCAGCGGACAGCGGGGUAAGAUGAGGAGAAAUGGAGAGAAGACUGGAGGAGAAACUGAGGAUCAGCCAGAAAGAGAAGAUGUCUAACGCCAGUUCGGGACGCUCCCCGCUGAGGACGCCCAUCGUGAUCCAGGACGACUCGCUCCCCGCGGCCCCUCCCCCGCAGAUCCGCAUCCUGAAGCGGCCGUCCAGCAACGGCUCGCUGGGGUCCCCGGCCGCCGCCAUGCGCCCCGUCCCGCAGGUGAAGUCCCUCGCCCAGCGGGAGGCCGAGUACGCCGAGGCCCGCCGGCGCAUCCUGGGCAGCGCCACGCCCGACGACUCGCCGCAGGACAGGCCCAACGCGGACAGGCCAGCGCGAGUGAGUGGUCCCCCGCCCUCGGAGGAGUCCCGAUCAACCAAUCACGUGGUCCGGCAGCCGGCAGGCCCCGACGGUACGCAAGGCUUCCGCCCGCGCAGAUAGGGGGGGGGGGGCACAUCCUGCCUGGGGAGGGAGGGAGGAGAGG